CUCCUGCGUUCGGUUUUAGGAUUUUCUAGCUGUUAUAAAAACUGCAUAUAAGCAGCUUUUAAAACUGACAGAAAUGCUUGUGAAAAACCAACCAGCCUGUUCAUAAUGUUUAAAUGAAGUCGGUCUCAGUUAAGGUGUUACUUAACUUAACUUUAGUCUCAACGGAACGGAAGUCAAAUGAAAAUCAGACGCCGGCUUCAAUGUCCUGCAUAUCCGGCCGGACAAAAAUGUCCUCGUGCUUUUAUACAAACCUGUCUCCCGCGUGCGCAGAUCAUUCAGCACGUCAUUCAUAAACAUCGAUGUUCCAUCACUGCUCCCCCUCCUUCCCUGCUUCCUCCAUCAUAUUUCACAUCAUGGACACUUUUUAUUGAGUCUUUUGGAAAAUUAGGAGCAGUGGUGGAUUUAGCAAACAGUGUGUCCUAGCUAGAAGUUAUGUAAUAUAUGAAAGUUUAAUUUUUCAAUGGAAUUAUGCAAAUGAAUAUGCUGUAUCCAUGAGAUGGCUAAUGGGACAACAGAUUUAAGCUCCAAUUUAAUAGUGGUAGUAACCAGUCAGUUUUAACUGUGAAAAGAGGCCUUUUGGUUGACAGGAUGAGUCUUUUAAAAACGUCAGAGGAUGGCGUCAUGGUGUGUGACAUCAACUGUCAAACAUGGAGAAGGAAGUGUGAUGGUAUGGGUGUUGUUCAGAGAGAGAAGCACCUUGAACAAACACAGCUACAAUACUCUGCAGCAACAUUAUUAGUUGGAUCUGGUUCAAAAUGAGAAGCCAUCCAUGCAAUGCCAAAACUACCUAUGGUAAACUUCAAACCCCUGAUUAGUCAGAACUCUUUAGGCUUGCACCACAUAGAGAGAGUCUUUUGAAGAACUUUAACCUUUUUUUUUCUCAUUUGCAUCCACAUGUUUAUAUUUGCAUCCACAUGUUUAUGCUCACAUUUGUUGUUCACAGGACCAAACCCGGCGCUUUCCCUGUGCCUUGUGUGUGUAACAGACAGGCAAAAGUUCCAAAACACCAACACUCUAUGACCUUUUCCUUUCUUUUUGGAAAUUUUGAGAAACCUUUUGAUUUUAGGUUUUAAAAGUCUUGGAAAUGGUUGGGGUACGGUCUCUGAAACAGCAAAGAAGUUGGCCCAGAGGUCUCAGACCGAAAAGAAAGCAAGCUAGAUAUAAUAUAUACUAUAAUUACGAAGAAGAAAAGCAUAAGGAAAAUGCUCAUAAUGGUGAUAAUAGUGACGAUGAAGAGGAGGCAGAGGGGAAAAGGCAGAGGACUCCAAAAAAAGUUCUGUGGCGUGUGACUUGUGGAACCAAAGCGGGCAUUCUGCACAUAACAAGGCUGCAGAGAGGUGAGUUGUGCAUCAGGUACAAUGGCGUCUGGAUUUCUCCGGCUGACUUUGAAACACGUGGAGGAAGAGGUUCUGCCAAAAAAUGGAAAACCAGUAUCUACCACAACAACAAGCCACUGGAGUUUUUCUUUAAGAGAGGGGACCUAUCUACUAGAGGUUUUAAGUUUAAAAAAACGCCACUGGCAAAGGAUAAAGUCUUGGCGCUGUCUGUAGGAGACUCUGAAGCUCACUCUUCAGCUGAAACCGAGGAAGACGAUGCAGAAGAAAACCGAUGCGAGCUAGAUCCUAUUGUGAUAACGGAUGGCGAAGACGUGAUGGAGGAUGAAAGAGAAGGAGAGAAGACCGUUGAAGUAAAAGAAAGUGAAGGAAAUAAAAUAGAUGAUGAGGAUUUAACAGCUGCAGUUGAACACGCUGAAGACCAACCGGCUUUAAAAGAAAUGCAUCCAAACAUUUCAGCAAAAUUCCCACAAAUUUCGGCUUAUCCAGUGGUGGCCAUUGAAAGACUUCCUUUAGCCGGUUGGGAUGUCUGUGAGCCUCAAGUUCUGUCAGACGAGGAAGCAGACAGUGAUGAGGAAUCGGAGGUCACGGAUGACAGCAGCUCUGAAGAAAAUGCUGUGAACGUCACAACGGUUCCAAUGCCUUCGCUGAGCUUAGAACAUGUUGCUGUUCAAGAAAACAAAGAGAAGCUCGCCCAGAGUGGUGAAAUCCAUGAUAAGCAGACAAACGCCAAAAGUACUGUAGAUGAAAGCAACAGCAAAGACUGGAUGGACUGUUCCACCUUAUCCAAUCACAUUGUCAUUAAAGAAAACGUGGUGCAGACGGAGAAGAGUCCUAAUGGAAAGAUAAAUGGUGAAAUCAAAAAGGAUCUAGAAAGAUUUAGAGUGCACGAAAAAACCAAUACGACCUCCAAUGUUCCACGGAAACAGCGACUUAACGAAGAAAACCUAGAACAGAUCAUUGAACCUCUUAGUGAACACAGUACCGCCAAGUUACAGGAUGGAAUGCCGAGCUCCGUCCGGGCCUCCCACCGCACCCACCCCGCAUCGCCACACGCCUCAACUCACGCCAGUGUGGACCAAAUGGACCUGGAUCAACUGAGGAGAGAAAAACUCAAGAAGCAGCUAAAAGUUUUACAAUUACAGGAGGAAUAUUACACAUUAAAACUAAACAAGUUGAAAGAAAAAAAAUGAAAAUAUGCUGGGAACAAAAAACUGCACAAAGCAUAAAUCAAACUGCUUCCAUUUGAUUUUCAUUAAGUCUGUUAUAUGGAAAAAAAGUUACCAAAGGACUCGUAAAAGCUGCGUAAGAGAGCGUAAAUCCUUAAUAAACAUUGCAUUACAGUAUACAAAUAAAACCUUAGAGCGCAUUAAAUACUUAAACUACGGUAUUUGAAAUGGAAUUGGUAUGUUCCAAAACAACUCUAGUUCUUGAUGUUCUCUGUUCUGAUUUAUUUCCGUCUUGUAUUUUAGGUGAAAGGCACCUGAUAAUGAAUGCUAGCAGGAAUCCAUAAUGAUAUGAACUCUUACUGCAAACUAGGGCUGGGCGAUAAAACGAUAUAUAAAUAUAACAUGAUAGAACUUUUCUCGAUAGAAGAAUGAGUCUAUUGCAAUAGACUUUCGUUUUGAAGGCUCUGAAAUGAACACUUGUGAGUCAUUUUCUCCUCUGUGGCGAGUAAAAGUUUUAGGGUUAGUCGCCACAUGGUGAGUAAAUGUUCCAAUUAGUCAUGUUUAUCAGCCCUCCUUUUGUCUUUUGUCCUCUCCUUCCUUACCGUCUGGCCCCGCGGUCACUUCACCUCUAUGUAGCAUUUAGUUUUAGCUGAUGAAGCAGCGAUUUUUAAUACAUGCAAAAAAAAAAAAAA